AUGGUGGACGCAACAGAACUUAGGUACUUGGAGGAUGAGGAUACACCACUCAUGAAAACUAUUAAGGGUGCAACGACGGGUUUAGUUGCUGGCACUAUCUGGGGUACUGUGGUUGCCACCUGGUAUGAUGUUCCUCGUGUUGAGAGAAAUGUUGCCCUUCCAGGGCUGCUUAGGACUUUCAAGAUGAUGGGCAACUAUGGUUUGACCUUUGCUGCCAUAGGAGGAGUCUACAUAGGUGUAGAGCAGUUGGUGCAGCACUAUAGGAUGAAGAGGGAUCUAGUCAAUGGAGCUGUUGGCGGAUUUGUUGCUGGUGCAACUAUUCUGGGUUAUAAAGGUAGGAGCAUCAAAACUGCACUUUCUGCUGGAUCAGCAUUGGCAUUCACAUCUGCAUAUCUUGAUUUCGGUGACCAGAGAAUAAAACACGACGAUGGGAAGGAGUAUGCUGCUUACACAACAAAGAAAAGAACCAGUACUGAUGAAUAA